AUGUUACGGGAUGAAAUUCAGACUGUACUGUGGGCUUCACUGAGGGUUCAUCGGGUGUUAAUGGGUGAGCAAAUGGAAAAGAGAUUCAGUUGGGUUUUGAAAAAGUUCUCAUCUUCACAAGACGAGAAAUGCUACUCUCGCCCCUUCGCCCUCGCCGGGGUCAAUUGGCGUCUUCUUGCUUAUCCUAAGCGAGAUAAGAAGGAUGGUCACUUAUCCUUGUAUCUGGAGUUUGAAGAUCCUACAUCUCUGCCACCCGGAUGGUCCAGAGACGUCAAGUUUACCCUCGCUCUCUUCACUAAAGCUUGGGGAAAAUCGAGCAUAGUAUUGGGAGGGCAAUGUUGUUUCGAUGCAAAGAAUAAGGCUUGGGGUUAUACUAAGUUCGUGUCCCUUGCUAAACUUCAUGACAAGAGUGAAGGGUUUCUGGUGAAUAGCAGACUCAUUAUCCUCGCUGAACUACAUGUACUUCCAGCCUCUCUUGUUGUACCAGAGGAAACUCUCAAGAUUACUGAACCUCUUAGCAGCCAAGCUGAUGAUGAAUCCGUUGGAAAAUCUCAGAGGGAUUCUUCUUGUGAAGAAACUGAGGAUUCAGAUGAUGAUGCCGUAUCUGAAGAGGGUUCUGAUGAUGAUGAUGAUGAUGGUCCUUCUGACGAUGGUUCGUUUGAAGAGGAUGUGGAUAAUGAUGAUGCUUCAUCUCCUUUGUCAGAUGAUGGAGGUGAGGAUAUAAGUCUUUUGAACCACUUCAGUGCCUUGGAAGAGGCUUCUCAUACCAUAGGGAAUGAUGGUAUAAAGAGUAACAGUGUGACAGCUGAGACUGAGGUUUCCAAUGAUGAUGCACCUAAAGAAGAUGUCGGUGAUGAGGAUUCUUCAUCUCUUGUUUCCAAUGAUAGUGGUGCUAGAAACAGAACCUCUCUAGACCAAGUGAAGUCUUUGGAGGAUGCCUCCCGGACAUCUGUUUCUGUGACUGAUAAUAGUUUGAUCACGAAGAUUCAAGCAACAAAGGAAACAAUAACUAUCAAUGGCUUUGACGUUUAUUCUUCUCAGGUUGAGUCGGUGAGCUAUAUAUUCAAAAGACACCCGGACAUAGCAUUAGACUUCCGUCCAAAGAACCGACAGAUCAGAAGAGCUUACAUGUGUGAACUCCUUAGCCUCAUUGAGAUGCUGUGCCAGUCACCAGAGAAGCUCUCCCAAGAUGAUCUGAGCAAUGCUGACGACACACUGGCUGAUCUGAUUGAUGUCGGUUUUAAGUUGGAUUGGCUGAUGAUAAAGCUGGAUGAAGUUUCUGAGAAGAAGAAGAAGAAGGAAAAGGGUAGUGAGGCUCGGCUACGAACAAUGGAGGAAGAGUUGCUGAAGCUGAAGCUAAUGUUCUUGGAUCUUGAAACUCAAAUGCAGAUGGAAAAGGCUGAGGCGUUGGCUGCAAUUGCUCCUCUCUCGUUCGAUGAUAUUGUUUGCUGAUUUUGCGAGGAUUCUUGUAGACUUGUACAUGAAUCUUUUUUUCUUUCUUUUGAUGUCUAGGAACAAUUCUCAAGUUCAUA